CAGACAAACCUCUCUGACUAUAUAACCCGACCAGUUUCAAGCCUUAUUAGCUCGUUAAGAACAAGGGAUAUUGACUACAUUUUAUCGGAUGAAACCGGUAUUAGGGAUGGAGAGCUGGAAGGCGGAAAUUGUCACAGUGACGGGAGUGCCUGAAAAGGUGUCGGUGAAUAGAACUAAAGGUUGUACAAGCAAGCGAAUUGCAGUCGGUGUGAUAGCUGGUGUAGUUGUCUUGGCAAUUGUGGCUGCGCUCGUUAUUGUUUCUGUCUAUUUUGGAUCGAAAGUAACUUCGGAUAGUUAUAAGGUUGCACACCAGACAUACAAAACAAAUGGUGGGGAAAUUGAAGAGGAGGAGACAGAAGAGGACAUACGGAUACGUAACGUAGCAGAGGUCAUUUACGAUUACAAACAUGGGUUGGUUGUAACGAGAUUUGCGGAUGCAGAAGCUAAGGAUCAAAGCGUGUGCUUUGCACAGCUCAUGAAUGAGACCGAAACGCCAACUACAGAUACUGACAAAUACACGGACGGAGAGGUUGACAUGUACGAACAGAAGAGCGCUGAAGACGAGGAGUCUGUAAAAUGGACGUACACAAAUAGAGAGGUACCACGUCACAUGAUUUCUGAAAAUACAGCAAGAAUGUGCGAGGAAACUAAAAUAUACUGGAUGGAAAAGGUAUCAGGUGGUGGGAUAAAUAAGCGACAGACAUGUAGAUUUGUUAUACGUGUCAUCGAAUGCGUUCCUGGGAAAUAUCGAUGCUCACACAGAUGCAAUCUUCAAACCUUCUGCAGGCCUGGUGGUAGACGCUUGACCUCACGAUGGUUUUGGGGCUGCAGAAGGGGUUGUAACCCAGGUAGAAACAACCCAGUAUGUCCGCGGUAAAAUGACAGGAGGAGAAUGAUAAUAGCCAAGGAAAUGUACAUAUCAGUAGAUAUUUCAAGUAGAUACAUUUUAUAUCAAAGGCAGUCGAAGCCUUUAAUUUUGACGAAAGAUAGGAGACAAUUUUCCUCUCUUGCUUUUAUACGUACUUUUCUUUAUAGCACCUGUAAAUUAAUUUUGACAAUAAAUAGAAAUAUUUAAGAAUUUUUAAAGAAUGUUAAAAUGUUAUAUUUACCCCCACAAUUGCUUAUAUUUCAUAAAGUAUAUUACAAUGUACCUAAAUUUACGUUGUCCAUUAACUUUUGGAUUUACAGACCUUUUUGAAUUUUUUUCUGUAUUUUGCAUAUAAUUAAAAUGCACUUAAAUUACUUAAUGCACCGUCUACAAUAUUUUCCGUUACAGCAUCUUUUUUGUCGAGGGCCUAGUUUGCGAUGCUGUGUUUGGGGUACUCUGUGCUUCUGGGAAAUCUACCCUAAUCUUUCGUCUUUUGUAAAAGACUAUAGUCUUGCCAACUUAACAUUAAAAGGCAAAAUAUAAAUGUAAAACUUAAUGUUGAUGAAUACGGAAUCUCAUUGCUUGAAAAUACACACAUUCUUUGAAUACAAAUGUAACAAUUUGCUUUGAUUGAUACGUCUUUAGCUAUUUAUCUAUAAAAAAACUGUUAUCGUUAUCACGACAUUUACAAGAAAGGCACUCAUUAAAAAGGUAAACGACUCAAGGUAAUUAAAGACUGUAAAAACAAUUUUAUCCUGCAACUAUUUCUUUUUUGGGGGUCCCGUAACACAUAAAUCUUCCACUAAAAGCUAGACUCAAUAUUUCAUUUUGUUUCGUUUUGACAUUUGCUUUUAGCUUUAAGCUUUACACAUGCAGUGAUAAACAGUAUGACAUGUUUCAAGAAGCACAAUUUAUCUUAUUCAAAUUUUACUGUUUUAGUCUCCCAUCGAAAUGUAUGAUAACUUCUAUGUCUGCCGACAAAUUAUGAAAUUUCGGAUUUACCUCUGGAGGAACUUAUACGAUAGUACUUAUAUUUAAUUAAACAUUUUAUAAACAAGGUGUAGACGAUAUGAUAUUAACUAACAAUAUCGGUCACCUUGAAAUCAAAAAUUCAUUAAGUUUUUUUGUAAGUAUAUUUUACUUUUUAUUAUAUACAAAAGGUGAUAAUUUAAGUGUUUUUAUUCUCGCUUCAUACUGUCCUGUCAUCAUUAUUCGUGUAAUAAAUGCUGCUCUGUUUAACCAGAAUAAAAGUUUGAGCCAACUGUA